AUGAUUAUCAUUGGUACUAGUACAGGGGAAAGUGUACAUAUACAUGGAAUUGGAAAGAAGAAAAAUGCACCUAAAAUCAACUUGAAUACAUUGAAAGAAAAUGAAGAUGAAAUAAAAAGAAGGAUUCCUAUUAGACUCUUACAAAUUCUUGAUUUUGAAAAUAAUGAACAAAUAAAUGAACAAAUAAAUGAACAGACCAACACGACCACUGUACCAUCUCAAACAUUGAGUUUAUUUUCUAUACAAACAAUAUUUAAAUUAUAUAAAAUUAAAAUAAAUGAUUCAAUUUUAACGCCCGAAGAAUGUUCACAAAUGGGUUGCAAUUUAGCUAGAGAUCUUAAAAAAACUUGUAAAGAAUUUCGGGAUUUUCAAGCAUUAGAAUCACCUAAUUCUUUAAAUGAAUAUCAAUAG